UCUGUGUCUGUCAGCCGUCAGCCUGCUGAUAUGCAGGCUAUGGCUUUUAUUAUAUAAAAUAAAUAAUAUUGUGAAGUAAAACUGCAAUCAUGACUACUAGACUACUUAGUUUGGGAAAUAUUUUAAAUAGGCCAAUAAGCUUACUGUACAAACCAGCGCCUUUGUUAGUUAAUAAUGCCGCUGCUAACCUCAAAAGGAAUCUUGGCACAACAUCAGUUGCUUGUGUAAAUUUCUUCAACAAAUUACCUGCAGAGAAAUUAUGGAAGUCAGUAACUUCAGUAAGUAACCCUGGUGCCAAAAAGGGUCGUGGUAAGGGCACGGGGCGUAUCAGGAUUCGUGAUCUCAACCGCGGUCAGAUGAUUGGUGUGGGCAAGAUCAACAUGUUGUGGCCUGGUCUGUCUGCCCCUGUCAUUCGCGGCAGAGAGCUUCUGAAACAGCAACGCCUGCCAGAUGACCCAGAAAGGAUGGAUAAACUCAUUAAGCUUCGGGACUCUAUGACUAAGUUCCGCCGCCUAAAGCUUAGCCCUAUUGAGAGAGGUUGGUCCGGCACCCGCAUGCCAGGCAGAAGUAUUGGACCUCCGGACCCAAUUGGAGAAGAUGAAUUUGUUGGUUUUGACACCAAAGUGCUCCAGCUUCGCUCACUACUUAUUAUGAAAGGAAGUCUUGGCCGUACUAGGAACUACCAGGCAAUGGUGGUAACUGGUAACAAACAAGGACUGGCUGGAUUUGGUUUUGGACGAUCAAAAGAGGCAUCUGCCGCCAUGAGGAAAGCCAGGAAUCGAGCUGGACAGAAAUUAAUGCAUUUUGAAAUUUACAAUGGACACACAAUUUUCCACGAUUUCUACACAGCAUUUGGUAGGACAAAAAUAUUUGUACAGAAGAAAAAUGAAGGCUACGGACUUAGUUGCCACAGAGCCAUCAAGGAGAUCUGUGAGGCUAUUGGCAUCAAAGACAUCCGAGCAAAGGUUGAAGGCUCUAAAAACUUACAACACAUUGUAAAGGCUUUCUUUAUUGGACUACUUCAACAGGUUUGCUUUGGUUUUAUUAAGUAA